AUGGCUCGUGAUGCCAGAUCUUCACGAUUAGUUAAAAAAGAGGAGAUAAGCAAAAAGAAACCGAGCCCAGUCAAAAAGAAAUCUUGCCAAGCAACAAAAGAUGCCAAGAAAACUUCCCCAAAGGCAGAAUGUUCUGCAAACUGCAAAAAGUUAAUGGAAGAAAAGAAUGAUGGCAGGAAAAAGCCAAAAGAACAGAAAACCCUGUUGAGUUCAUCAUGCCGAUUUCUCAGGAGCAGUGUCACCAAAGCCUUCUCUGGAACAUCUUGGAUGAAUCUGGGAUUAACUGAUAAUGUUCUUUUUCAUAAGCAGCCGCCUUUGAGCUACAAUGGCUUUACCAUGACUCUUCGUAGGAAACAAUUUUCCCAUAGACUGUUCCAAGCAUCACCAGUUGCAAGAGCCAAGAAAGAUGGCCCAGUAAAAAAUGUGGGGAAAAGAGAGAAAUCUGAACUGGGAACCUCCUGUGGGUUAAAAAGAAAAGAAGCUGAAGAGACUUCAAGGGCUUUUAAACAGGAUGCAAACCAGAGCGGUGAGUUAACUUCUCCCGAAGGAGCCGGCACUCUGUGUGAUGCAGAAGGAGAUCACUCCUCUGAAUGUGACAGCCAUGACCAAAAUGGAGAGAUGUCUCUUGAAAGUAGUAUUUCUGCUUCUAAUGGUGACAUACCAGGUAUCUAUAAUCCAGAGGUGUUAAAGGAAGAAUGCAAGUGUAAAGCACUUGUACCUAAUGAGCAGGCCCUGCAUGAUUUCUCUACUCUUACCUCAAAUGAAACUUUGGCUGAGCCUGUUCCCCAGUCUUUACACCUUGAUUCUGCCAUUGCUUUAAAAGUACAUGAAAACAAAUUGGGGACACUUGUGCAGUCACAUUUGAAGAAUAGUCUGGAUUUGCCUCCUGUCCCCAAGGAACAUUCCGAUUCCACGUUGAGUCUUUUGUCUGAAACAAAUUCAAAGGUACUUGAGAAAAAGCCAGUGUCUCCCACAGAAUCUCACUCCAAAACUGGCUGUGGUUUGGUGCUAACUGACUGUGAACCUGAUGCUGCCAUUUUGAUUACCUCUGAAUUAAUCUCAAAAUUGCAGAUAGAUGAUCCACGUGUGUUACCAGAGUCCCAUCUCAAACAAAAUCCUGAGCCUGCCGUUCAAGAAGAACCUGGUUCCAACUGCAUCUCUGAAUCAGAGGGCUAUUUAAAAGAUCCAGACCUUUGUGCGGAAUCUCAUUUACCAAAGGACUUGGAACUGGAGCCAAGCUAUAAAGCACUUGAUUCGUAUUUCAAUUCCAGGCAAAAUUAUCCAGAAUGUAGCCAAGCAAAUGAAGUAUCCGGUUUUGAACAAGUUUCUAAUACCUCUUUGACAAGUUUUAUCUUGGGAGAUCUUGAGCGGACACUUGAAAGGAUUGCUGCAGAAACACUUGUUUUAGAUUCGGCUGCUGUGCCUGUUACAUUGCUCAAUCCAGAAAAACACUCAGCUGAUUCUGUUUUGAUAAGUAGCAGCAGCAGCGAGGUCUUUAAGGAAAGUGUUCCCAUGUCCCCUGAAGAUGCUAAUUCAUGGCUGCUUUCAGACACUGCAGGGGGUCCAAGUACAAGGGCAGUUGUGCCGGAUGAAUCAAUUCCAAUUCUGAAACCUCAGGAUCCCUUGGGAAGUGACGGAAAAGACACGAACUCUGUUCAGGGUACUAGGAAAUGUGACACCAAUCCAGUUGCAGAUUCAGAGCUGUCUUUCUGUGGAAAUCCAGCCGGUGAUCUUCCUGCCUCAUUUGCCUCUUUGCAACCGGUCGUAGAAAAGAAAAAGCGACGACGGUGCGGAGUAUGUGAGCCAUGCCUGCGGAAAACUAACUGUGAAGAAUGCAGCUGCUGCAGGAAACGCAAAACGAGCCAUCGGAUAUGUAAAAAGAGAAAAUGCGAGGAACUGAAGAAGCCUCCCCUCCCGCUACCGCCUGUAAUGAUAUCCUUAGAGGUGCUAACUGAAAACAAAAGGCCUCAGAAGAGAAAGCAAACAGUUCGGAAGGAAAACUCGGGAAACAAACCAGUCAAUGGCUACAGACCAGAGCUCAUGGAAUGUGUUGCCCACAGCCAUGGCGAAAAACACAAGGUGAAACCAAACCAGUCACUGCCCUGGGAAAAUGUACAGACGAAUGAAAAGGGAAGUAUGACCGGCUUAGAAACGGAGAAGUGGGCACAGAAUGAGAAGCCAUUGCUUAGUGCUCAUGUGAACGGUGACCUCUGUAGAACUGGAACAAGGAAUGAGAACUCAACACAGUUUGAAAAGGAUGCAAAAGCGGUUUAUUCUUCCAGUGUGUUAGAUGAGCCCAAAAAGCUGUUUGCCCAAACGUCUAAAAAUGGCAUUAAAAGCAUACCUUACUCACCAGCAGAAUGUGAUGUGUCGCAGAAAAAAACAGAUGUGAGUACAACUGCAGAUCUGGCGAACAUCUGCAAAGAAAGCAACUCUGGUGCCUCUUGGGGGGCUGCGGCUCAGCUGAACAGCACCAGCUCUUUGACAACUGGAACGUGUGGUGCUCUUCCGGAAAAGAAAGGUCACGUUCUAGAGAAACAGACAGAAAACUGUAAUGCCAUUCAGGAAACUGAGAACUUGCUUUCGCAAACCAUUUCACUUUUAGAUCUUCGAGAUGAGUCACCUUGUGCUCCUGUCCUUGAAAAAGAUGACAGCCUUGAGGAUGGUGCUUCAAAAAUACCAAGCAAAAAUCCCCAACCUGAAGAUUUAUCACUUCAGUCAACUUUUUUAUCUCUGAUUAAAAACCGAAAUUUAACUGUAGAACAGGUUGUAGCUAUUGAGGCAUUAACACGUUUGUCAGAACUCCCUCUAGGAGCUUCUUCAUCAGCCAAAACAGAAAGAGUUCAGUGUACAGAGCAGCAAACUUCACAUUCACUUAACAAUUACAGAAAGGAUAAUUCAUGUUAUUUGUCAUCAUCCACAUUGAAAGCAAUUAAAGGGUCUUGCCCACAAAAAGACCAGCAGCUCUUUUCUCAUGCUUCUUCACAGAAAAGAAUCCUUCCUAAGAGUUUGCUUUACAAUGGUCAAGGUGCUAUUUCUGAAUUCCCCAGUAAAUCCCCAGGUCCAUCUAGCUUGUUGCGUAGAUUACAUUGCUCCCCACGCGAUACCAAGUCUUUCUCUGCUUUAGUGUCCAGUGGAAAUUCAGGUCAUACUACCAAGAAAUAUCCUCUUCUUCAUAAAGCUGCCAUUGGGCCAUGUUCCAAAAACUCAAGUACUAUCAAACAACGGAGGAACAGAGUAGAGAUGCUUGGGAAAUGGGAGGGAAAGUCUGUUCAUGGCCUGAAUUCAAAAAGUAAUUCUAUAAUUAGGGACGGCAUUCACAGCCAGGAUGAAGAAGAAGUAGCCACCCAAUUAACUCAACUUGCAGCAAUAAUUGAAUCAAACAAAACAAGCCUAGAUCAGAAAACAUCGCUUCUCAGUCGAAUACCGCCCGAUAUGCAAUCAAAACUUAAACAGGAUCAGUGCCUAUUGCAGAAGAAACAAUCGGUGUUCGUAAGGAAUAAUUACAGCUCCUUGUUAGUCAAGCAAAGGCAGCCGACACGGAAAAAUGAUAAACCAGUACCAAGGGCAAAAAGACUAAAAAAGAAGCCUCAAGUAACAUCUGACCAACAAAAUCAGCUACAACAAGAAUGCCCGCAUAGUGAAUUACAGGACUUACCGAAAAAGCCUACUAAACUACGCAAGCUUGGUCGGAUUGUUUCACAAGAUUCAAAGCUAACUGCUUUGGGGAAAAAACCCUCCAAAACCAAAGUACAGAAGGCACGGAAUCGGAGUACUUUGUCAUCGCAACAAAAACCAGCUGCAUUAUUUCUCCCCAAAACUCAAAUAAUAUUCCACAGGCCUUUACCUGCCUCAGCGCAAGACAAAAUAAAAGACAAGCUGUUUGGUCAUGAAAUGGUGCCUGAGCACAUCAAAACUGUGGGCUCCAAUGAUGCACAGGGCACCAAUCCUCCAAGUGGUGCCUACAUUGCUUUGCAACAUAGUGGCCUACUCUCCAAUAAUCUUCUGACUGUUUCUAACUUAGAAGCAGAAUCCUGUUUGAACCAAGGAAGUGAAAAUGUACAUACGUUUACAGAAAAAGACAAGAAUUCUCAGGUACAGCAAACCAUGAAUAUUGCUCAAGUGCAUCCUUUGCCUCAGAUCUUUAGCCAACGAGCAGAUGAGAAGGGCAAGGAAGACCAAGCAAAGCUUCAGCAGGAUGCGUCGGAGCCACAAAAGGGUCAGAAUCUGCCAACGAUGCCCAUUAACUGUGGUGAAGCCUCUCCAGGGGAUACCAUGCAGACUCUCAGGAAUGUGGAGUGUGCAAACAAAGUUACAUUUCCAACAUCAAGAAGCUUGGGGACUGAGAAUCCACAGGGUGCAGGUAUUUUAGGAUGUUCUCCAGCAAAGAAUACGCUCAGUAGAUUUCUCGAAUCUCCUAUGAAGUUCUUGGACACCCCUACAAAGAACCUAAUUGAUACUCCUACAAAGAAAGGGCAGACUGAUUUUCCAAUCUGUGAUUGUGUUGAACAAAUUAUAGAGAAGGAUGAAGGUCCAUAUUAUACACACCUUGGAACGGGACCAAGUGUUGCUGCAGUCAGAGAAAUAAUGGAGGACAGGUAUGGAGCAAAAGGAAGUGCCGUAAGAAUAGAGGUAGUGGUGUACACAGGCAGAGAAGGAAAAAGUUCCCAGGGGUGUCCGAUUGCCAAGUGGGUGAUACGAAGAAGUAGCGAUGAAGAAAAGUUGUUGUGCUUGGUUCGUCAGCGUGCAGGACAUCACUGCCAGACUGCUGUCAUUGUGAUACUUAUUUUGGCUUGGGAAGGUAUCCCUCACCUUCUGGCUGACACGCUGUACAAGGAACUGACCCAGAGUCUCAGAAAAUAUGGCUGUCCAACCAGCCGUAGAUGUGCACUAAAUGAAGAUCGUACUUGUGCCUGUCAAGGUCUUGAUCCAGAGACAUGUGGAGCAUCGUUUUCAUUUGGCUGUUCAUGGAGUAUGUAUUACAAUGGCUGUAAGUUUGCCAGAAGCAAAAUCCCAAGGAAAUUUAGACUUCUCACAGAUGAUCAUAAGCAAGAAGAACAUCUGGAAAAUAAUUUGCAAAGUUUAGCUACUGAUGUGGCUCCGCUAUAUCAGAAACUUGCCCCUGAUGCAUUCCAGAACCAGGUGGAAAAUGAGCAUCUGGGUCCUGACUGUCGGCUGGGAAUCAAGGAUGGUCGGCCUUUUUCUGGUGUCACAGCUUGCAUUGAUUUCUGUGCUCAUGCCCAUAAGGAUACACACAACAUGCACAAUGGAAGCACUGUGGUUUGUACUUUAACAAAAGAAGACAACCGUACAGUGGGAGUGAUUCCAAAUGAUGAGCAGCUGCACGUGUUACCUCUUUACAAAAUUUCACAAACAGAUGAAUUUGGUACAGAGGAAGGGCUGGAAGCCAAGAUAAAAGCUGGGGCAAUACAGGUGCUUACUGCUUUCCCUCGAGAAGUAAGAAUGUUAGCUGAGCCACGUAGAGCAACAAAGAAGAAGAAACCAGAAACAAAGAAGCAAACUUCAGCAGAAAAGAAGCAUUCUACGCCUGUAAAGGGGAAAAAUGGAGUGCCAGAAAAUACCAGUAAAACAUCGCAAAGUUUAGGGAGCAAAACGAGUACAUUGCAACCUGGGACAAAAAUGGAGACUGGUGAACACCUUUCUACCAUAAACCAUAAUUCAGACACUACUAAAAAUUGCUCUGUAUUAAAGCAAUAUGCUCCUUCCUCCCCUUUAAAGCUGGAUAGUUUACAUUCUUGCUCUCCAUUAACUCACAAAGCUGGUGGUAUAAUGCCAGUGACUAAUAGUCAACAAGAUUUUUCAACUCCCUACGGGUAUUUACAAUGCAGUAGUAACAAACCUCAUGUGGCACCCAAAGGUAAGAAUUUUGAUGUGUCCAUUAGUGAUCAUACUGGAAUUUUGCUGGAUGAGAGGAGGAAUGGCAUGCCCCCAUUUCUUCAAGACCUUACUGUUUCGAAGUCCACAGCCAACAGAGAGAAUUUGCCCCACAGACUUGAACAAGAAGUAGUCAACAAGCAAAAUUGUGAAAUUAACUUAGAAAGCUCUCCUGCCUCACAGUUGGCUAGCUCUUGUGAAUUACCAGUGCCGUCGAAUGCUCCAGAAUAUAUAGUCAGAAAUGAAAUUAGUUCUUCCCAGGAGCGUCCAAUGCAAAAAGGUGGUUUCAAAAAAACCCCAAAUUGUGAUUCUGCCACUGUGGAUAAACAGCCACAUAGUGAGCUCCUGAAGCGCACAGAUCCUGAAGAAAAAGGAGAGGAAAUGUGGUCAGACAGUGAGCAUAACUUCUUGGAUAAUGACAUUGGCGGAGUAGCUGUAGCACCAUCACAUGGCUCCAUCUUAAUUGAAUGUGCGCGCCGCGAACUACAUGCCACAACUCCUAUUAAAAAGCCAAACAGGAAUCAUCCCACACGGAUCUCUUUAGUCUUCUACCAACAUAAAAACUUAAAUGAGCCAAAACAUGGGAUAGCGCUGUGGGAGGCAAAGAUGGCUGAGAGAGCGAAAGAGAAAGAAGCGGGAAAAUUGGGCACUGAAAAUACCAAUUUACAACCUAAUGACAGGAAUGCACACCAAGCCAAUGCCAACCAAGAGAUUUUCUAUGAAGACAAUGAGUUCAACCAAAUUCCAUCCCGCCGAGCAUUAACAGUAACUCAUGAUAACAUCAUAACGGUGUCUACUUAUGCCCUCACACGAGUUGCAGGGCCAUAUAACCAUUGGGCAUAGGUUUUUAUAGCAACUAUACAACUUUUGCCUUGGAGCAGUGUUACACAACGAUUCCUAAAGGUGCUGUUAAAGAACAAAGUCUUGUAUGGUUUACUCUUUGUUCAUCUCAACCAUUUUGAAGGCUGAGUUAAAAAAAAAAGUGGUUUUUUUUUCUUAAACUGUGACUUUCUAUAUUUUAA